AAUAUGGCUGCCUGUGUAUUUCCGUAAAACAUGAAUACACUAAUAAUGAAAGGGUGUAGCAAUUUGCUGUUGUGUUAAAGUUUCUGGCAUCGGAGGUCAACUCUGCGUUCGAGUGACACAACCAGGGAAGAUGGCGUGGCACUACAACCGUGCCACGUCCCGUUUCAGCGGAGAAAUCAACAAAUAUCCUCGACACGUCGCCAUGCUCUACCUGACUUCUUGUCUGCUCCUGCUGUUCUCGGCGGCGGAGGCCGGACUGUACACGGCGUCUGAUCAAAUCGUCGUCCUCACCCCGGACAAUGUUAAGUCCGUUUUGGUCAAUUCUAGUUCGGCGAUAGUGGUGGAGUUCUACGCAUCGUGGUGUGGACACUGCAUCUCAUUCUCGCCCGUCUAUAAACGCCUGGCGAGAGAUAUGAAAGAAUGGAAGCCCGCUGUUGACCUGGCAGCCAUCGACUGUGCUGAUGAGAAUAACAGGAAAGUGUGCAUAAGCUACAACAUCAGGGGAUAUCCAACUGUAAAGUUCUUCCAUGCCUACAGCCGGGAGGAUUCUGCUGGAGAGACUUUAACAGGUUUGGGGCAUGACUCCCAAGCCUUCCGUCACCGCAUUGUGGAGCUAAUGGAAAAGCACCAGGACCCGUGGCCACCAGCCUGCCCACCACUAGAACCCACCAGCCAAGCUGAAAUCGAUAUCUUCUUGGAGACCAACAACGUUCGACACCUUGCCCUGAUCUUUGAGGAUGCGAGCUCCUACAUCGGCAGAGAGGUGACCUUGGACUUGUUGCAGUUUGAGAACAUUGCAGUGCGGAGGGUCCUGAGUACUGAGGAAGGCCUUGUAACCAAAUUGGGGGUGACUGAGUUCCCCUCCUGCUACCUUUAUCAUCCAGGAGGCAACUUCACCAGACUCAAAGUGAAUAUUGAAGCCCGUACUUUCUACGCCUACGCCCUUCAGGGGCUUCCAGGCGUGGUGCGUUCAGGGAAGUCUCAACCGGCCGCCACAGAGCACAUCAGCACGCACGCAGAGGAGAUCUGGAGACCAUUCAACAGAUCCAGGGUGUACAUGGCCGACCUGGAGUCGAUGCUGCACUACUCGCUGCGGGUGGAGCUGGCUGCUCACCCUGUCAUCACAGGAGAGGCGCUGACUUCUCUCCGAAAGUACAUCUCAGUCUUGGCAAAGUACUUCCCAGGCCGCCCUAUGGUGACGAACCUGUUGAAGACGCUCAGUUCAUGGCUCCAAAACCAGACCGGGGACCAAAUUUCCUAUCAAGCUUUCAGUCAGAUCCUGGAGAAUUCCACACAGGUUCCAGAUGCUGCCUUGCCCGAGGGCGUGAGGUGGGUAGCUUGCCAAGGCUCACAACCCCACUUCCGACGUUAUCCUUGUGGCGUGUGGACGCUCUUCCAUCUCCUGACGGUCCAAGCCAAGAAGGCUGGCGGCUCAGAUCCCAAGGAGGUGCUGAGCGCUAUGGCAGGCUACAUCAGCAAUUUCUUUGGCUGCAGGGAGUGUGCCGAACAUUUUGAGAACAUGGCCAAGGGGGGCCUCUCGGAGGUGAACACCUUUACUGACGCCGUUCUCUGGCUUUGGUCUCGACACAACCGGGUCAACAACAGAAUAGCAGGUGCUUUGAGCGAGGACCCCAACUUCCCAAAGAUCCAGUGGCCUCCACCUGAAGUGUGUGCAGAUUGUCACACAGUAAAAGCCAACGGGGACCACAAGUGGGACCCCCAGCAGGUUCUGUCCUUCCUUCAGGACCACUUCGCUUCCGAACGCAUCCUCACAGACUACUUGGAAGAUGAAAAUGAGGUUCUGGCCAAGCAGAAGGUAAAACGAGCUAACCUACUGCAAAUGUCGGAGGCUCAGAAGCGUAGCGAAAGAGAAGCCAAAGAGGCCGUGGACCCUUCCAACCAUCAUCCUCCAACGCAAGCUCAUGUGGAAGAGGAGGAGGAAGAAGAAGAGGUGGCAGAUGAAGAGGACAACGGAGGAGCAGCAGCAGCAGCCGCCCAAGUGGAAAGUAAGAACCUUGAGCCAACACCGUGGGCAGGAGCGGAAACCAGGCUGGGCUGGGAUCGGCGAAUGGACAUCCGGAGGCCGAGCAUCGUGGGGAUGAAGGUGCGAGACGCGCAAGAGGACAUCGUGGACCUGGACUCCUUGGUCAACCAGCACUACAAAGCCAAAGCCGUGCAGGUGGCCACCUCCAGCCGAGUCAAACAACGCACCCUGCAGAGGAACCGCGAGGAGCGCGACUCCGGGCCUGUUUUCGGGCUGGGCGGCAAGCUCAGCAUGACGGGCCGGGAGUCAAACUUGGGUUCCGACGACGGGACGCGCAUGAAGAAACGAGAACUUUCGGCCCGGCGCUUGAUUGACGACGACGGCGGCUUGAGCCGGAGGGGCCGCUGGAUGUCCAUGCUGAGUAUCGGCUUCUCCAAAGUUGACAUCAGCCUCUGCGUCAUCCUCUACUUCCUGUCCUCCAUGUGUCUCCUGGCUAUGUACCUCUUCUUCAAAACCCGCCUCCGUUCACGGCGGGCAAAAGUGUCACUGCCCUGAGCCAAAGUGUGGUCCGACCAAAUCCAAAAAUCGGCCUAAGUGGAUGUGUCCAGAUUAGACCAGCCCACUUAACUGCGUCACCCUGCUGGUCUGGUUCUGUGCUUCAAGGUGCUUCUGGUUCCUUCCACUAGUUGAAAGCAUUUCAGCAAACACGCCUUCCGAUGGCAACUUUGUGCAUACGGAUGUUUAUUCUCAUCAAUGGAAUCGGGGUGAAUGAAGGACCUUUUUUUUUUUUUGAUUAUUCUUUGAAGGACAUUUUAACGCAUCAGCAGUCAAUGGAACGACUCAAUAUUCCUCUACUGUGAUUUCAAAGAUUUUUUUUUUUAUGCUUUUUGGUUUGUGCAUGUUUUAGUUAUUUUUGGACUUCUACUGUGAGUUCCACUUUGUACCACAUUAGGUGUACCAGUGCAAUCUACUGCAGUGAUCCCCAAACUUUAUUGCGCCAAAGCACGUUUUACAAAAAAUCACAACACACCACCAAACAAAAAAAAAAAUCGAAAACGUUCCAAAAGGUGUAGGGAUCAAGCCAUGCUGCAAAUAGCCAAAAAUCUGAUCAGGUCGAUGGACUUUUGUGAGGAUAAGCAAUUCAGAAAGUGAACCACCAUUUGCCAUAUAUGUACAUUAUUUGUAGUAAUUAAUUAAAAAUCUGACAAUUGAAAUUGACUAAUUACACCUGAUUAGCUUUCAUGGUACACGAGUCCUUUUUUUUUUUUCUAAACUCGAUGAUUGUGUCAGUGUACCUAAUGAAAUGUUCGAUAUUUUCUUGAAUCCCAAUUACUUUCCACUGUCCUUUAAUUUCAUAUUGAUACAGUCAAUGGGAAAAUUUUGUUUAUUAUAAUUCCGUAACUUAAUGGUAUCGCAUAUUGUUUGAUGGUUACAAUACAAUCAGAAUUAGUUGAGUUGUUUUGCAGCACAUCGAAUGAUUACAUCACUGUGCUGAGUCGUCAAGACGGAUGCUUGUGUUCAUGAAGAGCGCACAGACUAAUGUCAUUGUGUUCAUGGUGGAAAAGAAGGUUUUGUGUUUUUCUGUCUUAUUUUCAAUGUCCAGAGGUGAAACGUCUUCAUUAUCUGUGACAUUAAAAAGUGUUUCCGUAACUUUU